UUGAAAGUCUAUCAAAACGACUUCCGUUUCUGAGCCGGUUAACUCAGACUGACUUGCCGCUGCUGACAGCUGCUCCUGUCGAGCCGGGGGGCGGUGGAAGGGGAGUGGAUCCAGGGAAUCUGGCUGAUAGGAGAUUCUUCUCCGCCGUCCUUAUCGUGCAGUGUCCAAACUUGCGGGAGAAGGCUGCGAUUAUAUUAACAAACUGAGAUAUCCUUCAGCUUCUCCUCCCAACUUCUUCUCCCAGGUUUCCUUCUCUGCCCAGAGGACACCAAAACGUGGGGAACCGGUUUUUUUUGUACUGUUUGCUUUCCUUUGUAAAUGUUAAGAAACGUUGCAUAUGGCUUUUGCGGUAUCCUAGUCUACUUUUUUUCCCACAUUAUCAGCGUGCAACAUCCUGCAUCUGCUAUCGCCCUGGCAACCAGAACUCCUCUCCAUCAUUCUCAGGCGCUUCAUCCCUCACCAUCAGCCUCCGAGAGAUAUAAUCAAAAACAAAAUAUCUGCUUUUGACGCUCGUGCUCCAAGUGGAAGCAGGUUGUUUUCUUCACACGUGGCUCUUCAAACUCUGUUUUUUUUUUUUAAUUCUUUUUUCUUCUUCUUUUUUUUUAACCAGUAAGGUUCAUGUGUCGGAGAAAUCUUUUCUCUCAGCACCAAAAUGCCUGUGAGACGCGGUCAUGUUGCGCUCCAGAACACCUACCUGGACACUAUCAUCAGGAAAUUCGACGAGCAAAAUCGCAAGUUUCUGAUCGCCAAUGCCCAGAUGAAGAACUGUGGCAUCAUCUACUGCAACGAAGGCUUCUGCCAGAUGUUUGGUUUCGCCAGGGCGGAGAUCAUGCAGCAGCCCUGUACCUGCCAGUUCUUAGUGGGUCCAGGCACCAUGAAGAGCGCCCUGGCCCAGCUGGCGCAGGCCCUGCUUGGCUCAGAGGAGCGCAAGGUGGAGAUCCUCUACUACGAUAAGGAAGGAACCUGCAGACCAUGCCUGGUGGACAUUGUCCCAGUAAAAAGUGAGGAAGGCAUUGUCAUCAUGUUCAUCCUCGACUUCCAGGAGCUCAUUGAUCCCGCAAUUAAGAAGUCAGGCCUUAAGCAGAGAGUCGCCCAAGGAUGGAUUUACUGUCAGAAUCGCAGGUUGAAGAUGAGGCUGCCGGUGCUGCGGUCCAUGCGACGACCUUCACUUUCCAAAGAUCAGUUUGAAGGAGUGGUAGUGGACUACCUGCAGCCCAACAGCGAGGAAGUCCCCCUCAAAGAGUUUCGCAUCCCGUCCAAGGAGAGCUGCAUGCAGUCUGAGACGGAAGCUCUGAUAGAACAAGACCUGGAUCCUCCCUCCCCUGUAGCUCAGCCCUCCACCAAGCGGCGCUCCCUACUGACAGACCGCCUGGACCCUGGCAGUGCCUUCCCCAGGGGGACGUUACCUCGAAGCUGUUCUCGGGACAGCGUCCGCAGCCUCCGACGCGCCUCAUCACUGGACGACAUUGAUGGCAUGAGGGCAGAAUGGAGCAGUCGACCUGGAGACCCCCGACCCAACAGCAAUCUGAAGCCCAGUGCUCUGAACUCCACAUCAGACUCGGACCUGAUGAGACUUAGGACCAUCGGCCGCAUCCCUCAGGUUACUCUCACUUUCGGAUCGGACAGGAUGAGACCUCCUUCGCCCACCGAGAUUGAAAUCAUUGCACCCAGCAAGAUAAAAGACCGAACCCAGAAUGUCACAGAGAAGGUCACUCACGUCACUCAGGUGUUGUCUCUAGGUGCUGACGUGCUACCAGAGUACAAGCUCCAGGCCCCACGCAUCCACAAAUGGACAAUCCUCCACUACAGCCCUUUCAAAGCAGUAUGGGACUGGGUCAUUCUGCUGCUGGUCAUCUACACCGCCAUCUUUACACCGUACUCGGCCGCUUUCCUUCUCAACGAGGUGGAGGAAGAGCGGAGGAGAACCUGUGGCUACACCUGCAAUCCGCUCAAUGUGGUGGACCUGGUGGUGGAUGUCAUGUUCAUCGUGGACAUCCUCAUCAACUUUAGGACCACCUACGUCAACCACAAUGACGAGGUGGUCAGCCACCCGGGACGCAUCGCACAGCACUAUUUCAAGGGCUGGUUCCUCAUUGACAUCGUGGCUGCCAUCCCCUUCGAUCUGCUCAUAUUCCGCUCCGGCUCUGAGGAGCCUCAGACAACCACUCUGAUUGGCCUACUGAAAACAGCCAGACUGCUGAGAUUGGUACGAGUGGCCAGGAAGUUGGACCGCUACUCAGAAUAUGGAGCUGCAGUCCUUUUCCUCCUCAUGUGUACCUUUGCCCUCAUCGCUCAUUGGCUGGCCUGUAUCUGGUAUGCCAUCGGCAACGUGGAGCGCACCGGCUCUGCCCGCAUUGGAGGCAUGAAGAUCGGCUGGCUGGACAACUUGGCUGAACAGAUUGGUAAACAGUACAAUGACAGUGACGCAGCCUCGGGCCCCUCCAUCAAGGACAAGUAUGUUACAGCCCUGUACUUCACCUUCAGCAGCCUGACCAGUGUGGGUUUUGGGAACGUCUCACCCAACACCAACCCAGAGAAGAUCUUCUCCAUCUGUGUCAUGCUCAUAGGCUCUCUGAUGUACGCCAGUAUCUUUGGUAAUGUAUCGGCCAUCAUUCAGAGACUGUAUUCAGGGACAGCCCGGUACCACACUCAGAUGCUGCGGGUCAAAGAGUUCAUCCGUUUCCACCAGAUCCCAGGAGGCCUGAGACAGAGGUUGGAGGAGUACUUCCAACAUGCCUGGUCCUAUACUAACGGCAUCGACAUGAACGCUGUAGGUCAAGUUUUAAAGGGUUUCCCUGAGUGUCUACAGGCUGACAUCUGCCUCCAUUUGAACCGCAGCUUGCUGCAGAACUGCAAAGCUUUUCGAGGUGCCAACAAAGGCUGUUUGCGGGCUCUAGCCAUGCGAUUCAAAACCACCCACGCUCCGCCAGGUGACACUCUGGUCCACAGUGGGGACAUUCUUACCGCCCUCUACUUCAUUUCCAGAGGCUCUAUAGAGAUCCUCAGGGACGACGUAGUGGUGGCCAUACUAGGAAAGAACGAUAUCUUUGGUGAGUCCAUCAGUCUGUAUGGGAGGCCAGGUAAAUCCAGCGCUGACGUCAGGGCGUUGACCUACUGCGACCUUCACAAGAUCCUGAGAGAUGACCUGCUGGAAGUGCUGGACAUGUAUCCCGACUUCGCUGACAUGUUCUGGAACAACUUGGAGAUCACCUUCAACCUGAGAGAUGUAGAUAGAAUACACCAGCCAACCCCGAGCAAGGACUCUGAAUGUGGCUACCGCCGGACAAGGCAUCGCAGAAGCUCCCUGCGUCGUCGAAACCGACCGGACGGCAUGGACCGUGAAGACUCUUACCCUGAUCAGUCCUGUCCAAUGGUAAACCACCACCAAGGCACGAUGGCAGGAUCCCACUGGGAAGACCUCUGCAGCAGCCCAAGCAUCUGUUCUCAGUCUAGUGAUGAGGAGAUGAAGCCCAUGGGGCACAGCAAGGGGGAGCUGUAUCCCAGCAGGGGUGACACCAGAGACUAUCCCCCAGCUGUGGUCAACCUCCUGCCUCACAGUGGACCCUCAGCAGGGAUGGGACCGCCUGUAGACCUCGGUGGUCCACCAUACUCAGCAGCAGCCCCCAUCAGCAUGUCUGGCCUGUAUAGCUAUUGGCCAGAUCGCAGAGCCAGCCAGUUCUCGGACAGCCAGGGACGACCGUCCUCUGUCAGGGCCAGUUUCCAUCCUCCACCCUGUGCUGAGGAUCGGCCCAGUGAGUUGGAGUCCAGAUUGGAGCUGCUGCAGUCCCAGCUGAACAGGCUGGAGACUCGUAUGACAGCAGACAUCAACGUGAUCCUGCAGCUCCUCCAGAGGCAGAUGGCCCCAGUGCCUCCGGCCUACAGCGCUGUGUCCCCAAGCCCUCACCCGCCUCACCCCACCACCCUGUACAGCACAGGAACACCCACAAUCCACACUGUCCCUCCAAUCCAGCCAGUACAGAUCGACAGCACUGCCUCACUGCUGCAGAGUCCAGACUCUGACUUCAACCACAAAUCCAAGGACUCCCUGUCAAGCGGGAUCCAUCUCACUGUGGCCUCCGAUGACACCGUGUCCAUGUCGCCAGACGCUGACCCGCCACAUCUGCCCUCUGUGGGCCUCACCCCUCCUCAAUUGUCAGGGGCUCUAGAGCCUCCUGGACUGCUAUGUGUCAGCCAGCGCUUCCCCUCCCUCCCUGAGCACCUGGAGACCUCUACAGAGAUGCAGGAGAUCCAGCGGCAUGUCUCUGACCCUAUCUUGCCAGGCAGCUAGAGAACCAAUCACCAACUCCACCCUAAAGCCUGGUCCUUUGGACGGGACAGUCAUAUGUUCCCCACUUUCCUCCUUUAAAACCUCCUUUGUCCUGUUCAGAUGCUGCUGUAGAACGUGGGAUGCAGAGUUAAGAGUGCCUCCUGUUUCCUACAUACAGACUCUACGGCGCCCCCACAGGCUGCUGUGGGUGCGUGCCCCAGCGUCACUUCACACCUGAGGUCCUGUGCAAUGAAGAGAUUAUUCCUAUCUAGCAGGGUGGGCAAAAACACAAGUUGACAGUUAAUACAUACAAACAUAUACAUGCGUUAUUCACUGGAUCUGAAGGCUACGCAAACUGCAUCCCAGUCCAAGGCUUCCUUGAAGAGAGGUGAAAUGUCAAGGACUACUAAUAUGUUUCACAUGUGAAAAAUUAUCUGCAUUCACUUUGUAUAAGAAUUGCACAUUUAGACUUGAGCUUAGAAAAAUGUAAUCAUUUAUUUGGAAUUGAAUUUAUUUUCCUAAUAGAGAUGUGUUGAUCACGAUAAGAACGAUACACCUAGUAAAUGUAAUAAAUUAUGAGUGUUAUAAGUUAGAGACUCACUUUAUUGUUUUGGUGUAUGUUGGAAAAAUAUCAAAAGGCAUUCUGUAGCUGUCUGGCGCACUGUGAAGGAUGGUGGCUUCAAGGAUAAAGUGUAAUGUUCAUCUCAUAUUUCAUGCUCUGACAUUUAAUCACUAGAAGGUAUUACAACAUACACAACCAAGCAGAGCAGAAUAACUUCAUAGUUUCUUGUACAUUUACACGUAGCUCUUACAAUUUUGUUUUGAUCAUGACUGCUUUGCUUGGUUUCCCCUCUUCCUGUUUCUGUACAUCUACACUCUUCAACUCAAACAUGUGUCAGCUACUUUUCAUGGUCACAUGGUUUCAUAAUAUACCUGAUGUGUUUAUCUAAAAGUGCCAACAUUAGAGGACUCGUUCUCCCGUCCUCUAGCCUGUGAUACUUAAACAGUUAACAUACUUAAACUGCAGACAGCUGUUUCACGUCAACUGAGUGACAAGUGAAGUGGACGGUAACUGUCAGUCACACACAGUCACAGUGACGUCGUCUCAAGGCGUCCUUUGUUGAGAUGAAUCCACAGUUACAACCACAAGGUGAAUGUAAUGACUUUUUAAGCAUUUAUAAUUCUGUAUAAUGUUUCUUGAAGCACAAAUUCCUGUUAUUUAUCUUUUUUAGAUUAAAGACACACUGCAGAGU